UCUGGAGGGGACAGACUGCUCAGUGGACUUUCAGGAUGGUGGAUAAAAAUAUUUACAUUGUCCAAGGUGAAAUCAGUACAGUGGUGGGUGCCAUAAAACGCAAUGCUCGAUGGAAUACUCACACACACUUGGAUGAAGAACGUGAUCCCCUGCUGCAUAGUUUUAGUCUCUUGAAAGAAGUACUAAAUAACAUAACAGAGCUUUCGGAAAUCGAGCCCAAUGUCUUUCUCCGACCCUUCCUGGAAGUUAUCCGUUCUGAAGACACUACAGGUCCCAUCACCGGGUUGGCCCUGACAUCUGUGAACAAGUUCCUCUCAUAUGCAUUAAUAGCUCCCAGCCAUGAGGGCACGGCUGAAGGAAUGGAGAACAUGGCGGACGCCGUCACACACGCCCGGUUUGUGGGCACCGACCCAGCGAGCGAUGAGGUCGUCCUGAUGAAAAUCCUGCAGGUUUUGAGGACCCUGCUGCUUACGCCUGUGGGAGCCCAUCUCACCAACGAGUCAGUGUGUGAGAUCAUGCAGUCCUGCUUCCGAAUAUGCUUUGAAAUGAGGCUCAGUGAGUUAUUGAGAAAAUCUGCAGAGCACACUCUGGUCGACAUGGUGCAGCUGCUCUUCACAAGAUUGCCUCACUUUAAGGAGGAGCCUAAAAGCUACGUGGGGGCUAACAUGAAGAAGAUUUCUCCAUGUCUCCUCAACAAACUGGAACUAAAUAGUGGGGAACAGCCCAAAACCCUGAACCAGUUAGAGAGGGUACUAUUCUUUAAGAAUCUGAAGCUGAAAAUGAGAGCAGGAGGAAUGAGUGAUUCAUCAAAAUGGAAAAAACAGAAAAGAUCCCCAAGGCCUCCUCGCCAUGCAACCAAGGUCUCUCCAGGGACAGAGCAACCAGCCACCAAUGGUACUCUUAUGGCCAGUAGCAUCACAGAUGGUGUUGCUUUUAUUGAUGCUCCUUCUCCCAUCUCAUCGGGAAGUUCAGAAAACACCUCCUCUGCUGUCAGCCCGGCCACAGAUAGUGGCUUGGAGUUGUCUUCCCAGACCACCUCCAAGGAAGAUCUUACAGACUUGGACCAGGUCAGCUCUUUGGGACUUAGUGCAGCAAUGCCUUCCAGUGAGCCCAGAACCAUUGAGCAUCCACACCAGCCUGAACGCCAGAACGAAGGUCUAAGAGUGGAGAAGAUGCAGUCGGCCUCCGUAGAGUCUAUCCCAGAGGUGCUGGAGGAGUGCACGUCUGUGGCAGAACAUUCGGACUCUGCCUCAGUGCACGACAUGGACUAUGUCAACCCCCGCGGAGUUCGCUUUACACAGUCCUCCCAAAAGGAAGGAACAGCGCUGGUCCCCUACGGCCUGCCUUGUAUCCGGGAGCUAUUCCGCUUCCUCAUCUCUCUCACCAACCCGCACGACCGGCACAACUCAGAAGUGAUGAUCCACAUGGGGCUGCAGCUGCUCACUGUUGCUCUGGAGUCUGCCCCUGUUGCAAAGUGCCAGUCUCUGCUGGGGCUUGUGAAAGAUGAGUUGUGUCGGCACCUUUUUCAACUGCUGAGUGUGGAGCGGCUCAGUCUGUACGCAGCCUCCCUCCGGGUAUGCUUCCUGCUCUUCGAGAGCAUGAGAGAGCACCUGAAGUUCCAACUGGAGAUGUACAUAAAGAAGCUGAUGGAGAUCAUCACUGUGGAGAACCCCAAGAUGCCCUAUGAGAUGAAGGAGAUGGCCCUGGAGGCCAUUGUUCAGCUGUGGAGGAUCCCCAGCUUUGUCACUGAGCUCUAUAUAAACUAUGACUGUGACUACUACUGCUCUAACCUCUUUGAGGACCUCACCAAACUGCUCUCCAAGAAUGCCUUUCCUGUUUCUGGACAGCUCUACACCACCCACCUGCUGUGUCUGGAAGCGUUGCUGACUGUGAUUGAUAGCACGGAAGCACACUGCCAGGCCAAAGUCCUGAGCAGCGUCCACCAGCAAGAGAAGGACGUGGUCAAACCCAGCACAGACACUGCCAGCAGCACCAAAGAACCAAGCACCGCCAAUGAGAGAAAGCUGAGUGAAGGGAAAGCUGCCGGCGUGAUCACAGAGCUGCCUGGGGCAUGCCCACCCACCAGUGGGUGCCUCAUGGCUGACCAGAUGAAGCAGGGCUGCCUGGAUUUGGAAGGAAGAAGCGAUGCAGCCGAGAAGAGCAGCCCCAGGAAGCCCACGCGGUUUUCCUGCCUCCUGCCCAGGACUCAGGAGCUGAUGGAAAUUAAGAGCAAAAAGAAGCUCCUGAUAACUGGCACAGAGCAGUUCAACCAGAAGCCAAGGAAAGGGGUACAGUUCCUGCAGGAGAGGAGCCUUCUGGCCACCCCCAUGGACAACAAUGAGGUGGCUCAGUGGCUGCGCGAGAACCCCCGUCUGGACAAGAAGAUGAUUGGGGAGUUUGUGAGCGACCGGAAGAACAUGGACCUGCUGGAAAGCUUUGUGGGGACUUUCAAUUUCCAAGGCUUGCGGCUGGAUGAAGCGUUACGGCUUUAUCUAGAAGCAUUUCGCUUACCGGGAGAGGCGCCUGUGAUUCAGCGGCUGUUGGAAGCCUUCACAGAACAUUGGCGGAAAUCCAAUGGCUCUCCGUUUGCUAACAGCGAUGCCUGCUUUGCCCUGGCCUACGCCGUUAUUUUGCUGAACACUGACCAGCAUAACCAUAAUGUCCGCAAGCAGAAUGUGCCAAUGACCCUGGAGGAAUUCCGGAAGAACUUGAAGGGGGUGAACGGAGGCAAAGACUUUGAACAGGACAUCCUGGAGGACAUGUAUCAUGCCAUCAAAAACGACGAGAUCGUGAUGCCAGAAGAGCAGACGGGCCUGGUGAAAGAAAACUACAUGUGGAAUGUACUCCUGCAUCGUGGGGCCACCGAGGAAGGCAUCUUCCUGCACAUGCCGCCAGGAAGCUACGACCAUGAUCUCUUCACGAUGACUUGGGGCCCCACGAUUGCAGCCCUGUCCUACGUUUUUGACAAGAGCUUAGAUGAAACAAUCAUCCAGAAGGCUGUCUCUGGCUUCAGGAAAUGCGCGAUGAUUUCAGCACACUACGGACUGAGCGACGUAUUUGACAAUCUCAUCAUUUCUCUCUGCAAGUUUACUGCCCUCAGCAGCGAGUCUGUCGAGACCCUGCCCAGCGGCUUUGGGAGCAAUCCCAAGGCCCACAUCGCAGCAAAGACGGUCUUUCACUUGGCUCAUCGCCAUGGCGACAUUCUACGGGAAGGCUGGAAAAACAUCAUGGAGGCCAUGCUGCAACUUUUCCGAGCGGAGCUGCUGCCCAAGGCCAUGGUGGAGGUUGAAGACUUUGUGGAUCCCAACGGUAAGAUCUCUCUGCAGCGGGAAGAGACGCCGUCUAACCGCGGGGAGUCCACCGUGCUGAGCUUCGUUAGCUGGCUCACGCUCAGCGGUGCAGAGCAGUCGGGCAUGCGGGGGCCGUCGACAGAGAACCAGGAGGCCAAGCGAGUGGCUCUGGAGUGUAUAAAGCAAUGUGACCCCGAGAAGCUGGUCACGGAGAGCAAGUUCCUCCAGCUGGAGUCCCUCCAGGAGCUCAUGAAGGCGCUGAUCUCAGUGACUCCCGACGAGGAGACGUACGACGAGGAGGACGCUGCCUUCUGCUUGGAGAUGCUGCUGCGGAUCGUACUGGAGAACAGGGACCGUGUGGCCUGCGUGUGGCAGGCAGUGCGAGAUCACCUCUAUCACCUGUGCGUCCAUGCUCUGGAAUUCUGCUUCCUGGUGGAGCGAGCGGUGGGGAGGCUGCUCCGGCUGGCCAUUCGGCUCCUGCGCCGGGAGGAGAUCAGUGCCCAGGUGCUCCUCUCGCUCCGGAUCCUGCUCAUGAUGAAGCCCAGCGUGCUGUCCCGAGUGAGCCAUCAGGUCGCCUACGGCCUCCACGAGCUCCUAAAGACCAACGCGGCCAACAUCCACUCUGGGGACGACUGGUACACGCUCUUCACCCUCCUGGAGUGUAUCGGCUCAGGGGUGAAGCCGCCCCCAGCCCUGCAGGUUCCAGCCAGGGCAGAUAACGACACAGGUGCUCAGUCCGACAGCGAGAUCUCCUCGUCCUACCACCCGAGCGACGUCAGCCUGGACCGCGGCUACACCUCCGAUUCCGAGGUGUAUGCUGACCACAGCAAGCAAGGCAAGAUGCAUCGCUCUGUGACCGACGUGGAUGUGAUGAACAGCGGCUGGCUGGUGGUGGGGAAGGACGACAUUGACAGCCCCAAGCCCGUGGCUGGCCUCAGCAGGCAGGGCCCAUCUCCGCUGGUGAACCAGUACAGCCUGACGGUGGGCCUGGACCUGGGCCCGCACGACACCAAGUCCCUCCUGAAGUGCGUGGAGUCCCUGUCCUUCAUCGUGCGGGACGCCGCCCACGUCACGCCCGAGAACUUCGAGCUCUGUGUCAAAGCCAUCCGCAUCUUCGUCGAGGCGAGCUUGAACGGAGGGUACAAGUCCCAGGAGAAGCGGGCCAAGAGCCAUAAGUACGAGGGCAAAUCCGGCCGGUUCAAGAAGAAGCCCAAAGAGAGGCGCUCGCGGGCCGCAAGCCAGCACCAGAGCCAUUCCCCCAGCGACGAGGAGGAGGACGAGAGCGUCCCUGCCAGCUACCACACGGUGUCUUUACAGCUGCUGGACCUGAUGCACACCCUGCACACGCGGGCCGCCGCCAUCUACAGCUCCUGGGCGGAGGAGCAGCGCCACCUGGAGGCUGCCGGGAGGAAGAUUGAAGCCGACUCGCAGACGCUGUGGUCCAACUGCUGGUGCCCCUUGCUGCAGGGGAUGGCCUGGCUGUGCUGUGACGCCCGGCGCCAGGUGCGGAUGCAGGCGCUGACCUACCUGCAGCGGGCGCUCCUCGUGCACGACCUGUGUUCCUGCAGCACCUCUCCCCGCUGCUCUCCUUGA